GGCGAGCCGGGGAGCGGCGGGGGCCCGGGCCUGGAGCGUGUCUGGGUCUGGGUGCUCGGGGCGCGCGUGCGCGAGCGGUGCAGCAGCGGCCGCGGGAGGAGGGAGCUCAAGUAUUAUGGGCUGUGGGCGCUGCUGAACAAGAUGGAGCUGUCUGCAGUGGGAGAGCGGGUGUUUGCGGCCGAAUCCAUCAUCAAGCGGCGGAUCCGAAAGGGACGCAUCGAGUACCUGGUGAAAUGGAAGGGUUGGGCGAUCAAGUACAGCACUUGGGAACCCGAGGAAAACAUCCUAGACUCCAGGCUGAUCGCAGCUUUCGAGCAGAAGGAGAGGGAGCGGGAGCUAUAUGGGCCGAAGAAGAGGGGACCCAAGCCGAAAACUUUCCUGCUGAAGGCCCGCGCCCAGGCUGAGGCCCUGCGCAUCGGGGAUGUCCACUUCUCAGUCAAGCCCGGCUCCAGCUCGACCUCCCCCAAGCUGCACUCCAGCGCCGCCGUGCAUCGUCUCAAGAAGGACAUCCGCCGCUGCCACCGCAUGUCCCGGCGCCCACUGCCACGGCCAGACCCACAGAGUGGCGGAGGGCCGGGGGCCGGCCCGGGCAUGAGGCCGCCCAUCUCGCCCUUCUCCGAGACCGUGAGGAUCAUCAACCGCAAGGUGAAGCCCAGGGAGCCCAAGAGAAGCCGCAUCAUCCUCAACCUGAAGGUCAUUGACAAGGGUGCCAAGGGCACCACAGGCAGCGCUGGCAGCGGGGCCCUGGCUCGCCCCAAGAUCCCCUCUCGCAACCGGGUCAUUGGCAAGAGCAAGAAGUUCAGUGAGAGCAUCCUGCGCACCCAGAUCCGCCACAUGAAGUUUGGGGCCUUCUCCAUCUACAACAAGCCCUCGCCAAGCCCCACCCCACCCCCCGUGCCACCCGGCAAGCCUGAGGCUGGGUCCUCCCAGGGGCCUGCCCCACCCCCCCGGGGGCUCAUCCUCGCCACUGCCCCCUACGACAUCCGCAGCUCCAGCUCCUCAGGAUGCCCCUCCCCGACCCCACACUCGUCCUCCGACCCUGACGACUCGCCCCCCAAGCUUCUCCCGGAGACCCUCAGCCCAGCGGUCCCCGACUGGCGCGAGUCCGAGGUCCUUGACCUGUCCAUCCCACCUGAGUCUGCAGCUACCAGCAAGCGGUCACCCCCGGGAGGGGGGGAUGGGGGCCAGAUGCCCCCUUCUUCCUCGCCCCCACGCUCCUCUUCCGACCCCGAGCAGGAAGCUGGGGACUGGCGUCCUGAGAUGUCUCCCUGCUCCAACGUGGUGGUCACAGAUGUCACCAGCAACCUCCUGACCGUCACCAUCAAGGAAUUCUGCAACCCUGAGGAUUUUGAGAAGGUGGCACAGGGGGCUGUGGGGGGGAGUGGGGGAAGCAGCGGGGGCAGCAAAUGAAAGGAGUUGAGGGGAGGGUUGACUUGGGCAUGGGGUGGGGAUCCUCUCAUGCCCACAUUCACUAUUGUUUUGAUCUCUGCUCCCUCCUGCACCCAUGCACACCCCCCCACCGCCUGGCCUUUGCUGAUUUUAUUUGGCUCACAGGCACCCCAUUUCUCUCCGACCCACCCACCCCCAGCCCUAGGAGGGGACAGAAAGGAUGGGGCAGGGCUUGUCUGAGACACACAGCCUUAGCUGCGGGUGGGUGAGUGGCACAGGACCAGCAGGAUUCUGUCUGUGGAGGAUGGGUAGAAUCGAGGAAGGUGCAGGUAUGCUGGUUUGUCACGAAUGAGCCUAAGACUCCCUGCUCUUCCUGGCUCUGGCCUUCCAUCAGCCACCUCUGAUGCAAACCUGGGUCCCGCCCUGUUCAGGGCUGCUGCCUCCGAUGUCUCACCUGUCCUGGUGGCAUCAGGAACCCAGGCAGCAAAGGCGGCAUCUGGCCAAGUCCUCCUUGGGGUUCUAGGUCUCGCUCUCUCUCCUGCCCUUCCCCCACCGCCAGGACCUGGGUACCCAGAGCUCCUGACUUUUCACUCUCGGUGCUAAAUUGGCAGCUGAAGGGGUGCUCUUGAGACCUCUCCUCUCUUCUCCUGACCCCAGGUGCUAACUCCGUCCUCCUUCUUGCCACCCUCCACUCCUAGAUUUGGGAAUGAGGGUGGGGGCAAUUUCUUCCCACCCAUUUGGGGUACCACCUCCCUUUGCUGUGGGUAGAUAUGGAGAUUGUGGCUGUCCCUAUCCCCAGCUUCCAUGGCCCGAGGCUCCAGGGUUUGAGGCUCUGAUCAGUAGGGUGGUCCCCAGCCUGAGCAGCUACAGUAGGUCAGACUUCUGGUCUCUGUGUGGCAGGGACACCCCCUCAGCCCUCCGUCCACAUCCAGACUGGGGACCAAGCAGCUCUCCUGGUGGCCAGCCCACUCUUUAUCCCUCACUAGCCCACCUCCUUCCUGAUUCCUCUCUGGGGGAUGUGGACUGGGAGGGGCCCCCUCCCCUCCUCUCCAAAGACACCCAGGAUCUGAAGUGGGCCCCUAGAGUUCGUCAACCAAAGGUGCGAGCCGAGCCUUCUGGGGGCACUGUCCUUCCUGUGUGUGUCCAUUGCAUCUUGGCGUGUAUGUGCCUGCGUGUGUACGUGUGUACUGUGGGGUGUGGCCCAUUCCCCCCUUCUUAGCCUUCCCCACUGCUGCCCGCACACCCCAUAUUGGUGCUUCAGUCUCUCUGUGUAUAGAAGGCUUGCCCUUCAUUCCACUUUACCGUCACUGGCUGUGGGAGUAAUUACGGAGCACUGCUGCCCAUAGCAAAUCUUCCAGCAUCCCCCAGGGCCUUGGCGGGGCCCCACAAAACCCAAGGUCCCUGGGGAGCUUCGCUCUUCUCAUUGGGUCCUCCUGCAUGCUUGGUGGCCUCUUGGGACCAUCAUGGUCUUUAUCUCGUUCUCUCUGGCUCUGGGACCCGGAGAGCUGGCUGUAGAGCUCAGCCUCCUUCCAGAAGGAUGGAGACCCCAAAAUCUUCUUCACUUUCCCUCAAGGAUCCUGAUCUUUCCUGCUCCCCACAUCCCUUCCACUCUCCAUGGGCAGGAGCAGACCUUUAGGCCUUCCUCCUCUUUCAAGUGGCUUAUCUGAGGGUGGGGGGGGGCGGGAGAUGGGGCUUCUAGAAAGGGGAACCAGCAAAGGGGGGGCUCAUGUUUUUUCCAGAUAAUAUACUGUGCUUGGUUAGAAGGUAAUUGUUUGGGGGAGUAGAUGUGUCUUGUCCAAGAUGACUGUUGUUUGAUUCUAGGUUUGAGGUGUGUGUGUGUGUGUGUGUGUGUGUGUGUGUGUGUGUGUGUGUGUGUAUACAUGUGUGGGUAGGGAUAGAAUGACUCCAGAAAAUAGAAAGGGAAACAAAAAUGGACAGAAAACCCAAAUAGGAAACUCCCAUCUGUCCCCUCCCUUGGGGCCACCUCAGUAGUGCCCACUGGCCCUUCUCAGGACUUGGUAGAAGUAAGGGCCACUGGCCUGUGAGGGUCAGGGGAUGGCAGCCCUUGGAGAAUGGGACACAUGGGCCUAUCCUUUCCUUCCCCUGGUGAAAAGAACCCUCCAUUGGCUGGUUGGCCAUCCAAGUGCCGGUCGGCUGUCCCUCUUGGAAGAGCUGGCCUCCCUCCGCACCCCCUGAUGAAAAUUCACCUGGGCGCCCAAAUCUGGCCGUUUCCCGGGGACCCUAGAAGUGUGUUUUCUGAGAGUCUGUCAUUCGUGAAAUUUUUUCUUUCUUUCUUAAAAAAGGGUGGGGUGGGAGGGAAAGUCGUGUUUUCAAAGGUGAUUUUAUGAUGGGAGAGUGAAAGAACUAGUUUUACAAAAAAAGAAAAAAAAAGACAGAAAAAUAUUGUGGAAUUCCUACAGGGAGGGGGAAGAAAGAGAUAUUUAAAAAAAAUAAUACUAAUAAUUGUGAUUGCACAAUGGUGGGGCCAUCAGCCAUGUGGAGGGAAAGCCAGGAGAUGGGAAGAUAGAGUCCACUCUCCAGAGUGGACGGGGAACCCAUUAUGGGUCCUGAUGCUCAACGCUCUCCUGUUCUCCUAGCUCGACUAGAGGUUAGUGUGGAACCCUAAGAGGUCCAUAAACUAUCCCCCCCUGGGCCUAGGGGAGGAGAAAGGGCGAAGGGGAGACAUCUUGGUGUCCCACCAUGUUCACCCAUGAUAGGACACAGUCCCCAGGGUCUUCCUCUGAAGGUAGGACAUGGCUGAAUAGGCUGUAUAGUGCUGAGUGGGGAGCUGGCUUGGGAAGGCCAGAUUUUAUGGGUGAAGGGGAGAUGGUGGGUGGCUUCCUAUAUAGGCUAGACCUCGAUGAGGGACCCUUAACCUGGCCAUGCCCCACAGGGUAGAAAGGGGCUGUAGGGAGCAGGAACAAGAAGCCAGGGCAUGGGAAUUGGGAUGGGAGUGGCAUCUUUGCAGCCCCCUGAGGAGCAGGGUCCCAUGGAGGACCAUGGUGGAAGAGCCCCAGGGAGGAGAAGCUUUAGAGGUAGGUUAUAUCAAUUCCUCCCUGCCCCUCACCACAUAGGGAGACGCCCACCCAUGUCCUACAUGGUUUGAUGCCCACCCAAACCCUCUAGGCCCAGAACCUUUCUGGGCCUCAGGGUCCCUAGUGCCCCUGGGGAGACUGAAUACCUUCUCUCCUAGGGUGGCUCUGAGCAGAGGGGUGGCUAUACCCCAAGGCCUCAGCUGCUUUUCCCUUUGCCCCAUAACUAGGCAGAAGCUGCAGUCCAUUUCUCUUUAUUUUUGUACACCAAUUCCCCCAAACCCCAUUUUCCCAAGCCUGAUUUUGUCACAAGAGCCUUUUGGGUUCCCCCACUGUCCCCACUUGUCAUAGAUACCAAGGUCUGGUCUCAUGUGUGAGACUGUUCCUAUCUAAACCGUGUGACUCCCCCCCCCCCACCAGCCCCCAGAUCACCUCUCUUUUCCCCAUCUCUGACCUAAGUGGGAGGUGGGAGCUGGGGUGCCCCGGGGCGCAGGGCUGGGCAGAGGAAGGGAGCGGCACUGUUCCGCCCCUGCUGGGUACCAGUCCCUGCUCCCACGGUCUGUCCAGCAGCCCCAGCAUGCAGCCGCCACCAUUAGGACAGGGAAGGGAGGUGGGGUGACCUGUGGCGGCCCUGUCCCUACCGUUCUUUUUAGCGCUUUACAAUUUUCAAAGCACUUUCCCCACCUGUUUGUCUCACUCAGUCCUGGGGAGGCAGGUAUUGUUACUACUAUUUCAAAAUUGAUAGGCAGCCUGGUGUAGCAGAUAGAGAGGCUUCCUUGGAAUCGGGAAGACCUGGGUUCGGUGCCCUGGCUGUGUGACCCUGGGCGAGUCACCUAACCCUCUGGGCUGCAGCUAGCUCUGAGACCAGAAGACUCACCAUUCUGCGUUGGUUUCCUCAGCUGUCGUUCCCUGCAUCGAUGGCAUCAAGAUCCGGUUCUCUCAAAAAUGUUUUUAAGAUGAGGGAGACUGUGUCCCAGAGAUAGAAAGCGCCUUACCCAGGGUCGCACAGUAAAUAGCAGGUUUGGGAUUUGAACCCAGAUCUUCUGACUGCCAAGCAGGGGACUCUUUGCCCUACCUUGUGCUGCUGUUUGGGGGGGGUGGGGGUGGGAAAAGAAGUCUGGGCAGGGGAGAAGGAGAC